AAAUAACACCGGCGGUGUUCACAAUAUUGGAGUUUUCAAAAUUAAACAAAUUUAAAAAGCUUCAAAAACACCAGUUUUAAAUUAUCGUUUCAUGACCUUGGUCCAAACCAACCAAACAAAAAGGACAUUUUAAAAGAACUGUGAACAAGGUAAAGUCAUAAAUCGCAUAAUAUAGCCACAUAUAUUCAACAUCUGUGCUAUAUAGAUCUAAAAUAAAAUGCAUCUUUGUCCUUUCUAAAAAGAGUAUAAAGUAAUGAAGCAAAAUGUUGUGUCACCUUGUGCUGCUGCCAUCAACGGUAUUAUCGAAAGUUCGAUUCUUUCAUUCGAUUUCUUAUCGACUUUCUCACACAAAAAGUCGAUUAACCGAUUAGUCGAAAGUCUGAUCUCUAGUAGAUGGAUGUGAAAUUAAUAAUGGAAAAAUGAAAUGGAAAAACAUAUUGCCGAAGAACUAAUUCCUAAAAUACAAGUUUAUAAAGGACUAAAGCAGUCAGAACGAUAUAUAAAGUGAAAGAGUAGACAAUUUAUCAAGCAGCAAUUAAACUGAGGUCGUUUGACUGGGACGGUGUUUACCCGUAAAAUAAUAGGGCAAUGAUGGCGGUUAAAGUGGAAUUCGUAAUAGGCCAUACCUCUAGGCUGAGGAGUAAGAAGACCGUUGAAGGCUUUACUCAUGAUUGGGAGCUGUACGUCAAGGGUAGUCAACAGGGCGACAUUAGUGCUUUCGUUGAGAAAAUAGUUUUUGUCUUGCACGAUUCAUUCCCAAAACCCAAAAGAGUGUGCAAAGAUCCACCAUAUCAAAUUCAAGAGUCUGGUUAUGCAGGUUUUACAGUCUUAGUAGAGAUCUUCUUUCGCAACCGGGAUGAGCCGAAAAGGGUAUUAUAUCAAUAUGAUUUGUUUCUACAACAAACUGGUCCGCCCACGCAUUCUUUUGAGGUGAAAAAACACAUUUUCGAAAAUCCAUCGGAGGAAUUUCGCCAGAAACUUUUAAGAGGUGGCGGCGUUCCGGUUUCCGGAGUAGUUUCGUCGAAUCCAAUGCAGAAUAGCUCAGUACCGACGGUAACAAAUCUCCCUGGGGAAAUGCACAAAAGUAUGUCUGCUGAAAAGAAACACAAGAAUCGGCCUCCCGAUGAAUCGAAACUGGAUGCGUUCGCUGACCUCUUUGGUCCCCCCAUAACAAAAGCGUCAUCCAGUAAAGCAGCAAGUGGUGCAACAGGUACGGUAGCUGUGGGCAGUUCAUAUGCUUUGGGAGCCAACACGAAGCAUUCGCCAGAGAAUAAAGUUUCACAGCAAGCUUCGAACGCUGGCAUUAGUUUACCCUCCACUGCUAAAGAAAAAUCGAAAGAUAAAGAGAAAUCAACUUCAGAAAGAUCUAAAGAGCGUUCCGAAAGAAAGGAGAAACAUCACAAACAAUCUGGAACAAGUCCUCACAAAGAUGGCCGAAGUGAUUCGAAGAAAUCCGAGGGUAAGCAUGAUAAAAGGGAUAAAGGCGAAGAAAAAUCAAAGAAGGAUAAAAAUCGUGACAAAGAUCGGGAUCGUGAUAGAGAAAAAACAUCAUCAUCAACAGGGAGCAAUGUAAACCUUGCAAAUAGCAAUAACAAGAAACCUUCAAGUCCCAAGGUUCCCAGGGAACUUAGUCCUCAAAAAUCUGGGCCUGUGAUGGCAGCAGCAACAACUGCCACUGCAGCAUCUUCAAAUAAUUUAAAUGCAACGGCUCGUCCAUCAUCUUCGCAAAGUGGAAAGUUGGACGAUAUUAAACCAUCAUCCAAAUCUUCUAAAGAUUCAUCCUCCAAAGAGUCGAAAACAAAAGAAUCCUCUUCUUCGUCAAGUGGCAAGAAGUCGAAAAAGGAAAAAAAAGACAAGGAUAAAGAUAAAGAUAAAGAGAAGGACAAAGACAAAGACAAGGAGCGACGGCACGAAGAAAAAGAGAAACAAAAGGUUUCGGAAUCAUCCUCCAAAAUAAUCGCUCCACCAAAAGAUGAGCAAAAGCAAGUGCAACCCACAAACAAUGGAAACUCAAAUUCCAUUGCCAAUGCACCAGCCCCAGUAGCUGACAACAAACAUUCAAAAAAUAACAUAAACCCAGCCUUACAACAGGAUGUGUCAAAGAAGCUUGAGAAGUCGACAAAGCCAGAAGUUGGGAAGAUUGCGGAAAAGACUGCGGGAAAUAUCACAGCGUUGACGACUUCAUUGGCGCCUACAAGCAUUCCUGCAGCGCCGGCAACAAAUGAUAAAAAGGUAUCUUCUAGCACUGUUUCUUCAACGUCAGCUCCGCCACCUGAGAAAGACAAGCGGUCGCAUAAGCAUAAAAAGAAGGAAAAAAACAAGGACAAGGAUAAAGAUCGCGAAAGAGACAAGGAUCGUGAUAAAGAUAAAGACAAAGAUCGAGAAAAGGACAAAGAGAAGGAUAACAAGAGGGAUAAGGAAGUAAAAGAGAAGGUGGUGGAGGAGAAGAAUUUGGAAAACUUUUCAGCCCCAAAUCCACUGCAGCAAUUGAAUCUCUCAUCAUCGUCAGGCAGCAUAUCGCUAGCAACAGUGCCCGUCAAUAGUCCUCGUAUCAACAGUGCCGAAGAUUCAACUGGUAUCAAUACCACACCUUCUUCAACAACUUCUUCGACUACAACAAGCAGCUCGUCAUCGAAAUCAUCCAAAAAUAAAGAGAAAAAAUCCAAAGAUAAGUCAUCAAAAGAGGACAAACUGAAACACAAAUCGAAUGAUGCCGAAGCAUCGUCCGAAAGCAAAGCCAAACAAGCUAAGUUGUCAUCUUCCAACUCAAGCAGCAACAGCAGUAACACCCCCAAUGCCAACAGCAUAACGGCAAAUUCUUCAAAUUCAGCUUUUCCUCCGCCUCCCAUUGCACCAACAGCGCCAAAUGUGACUUCGACAAAUAGUACACAUUUUGACCUAAGCGAUAAUGACAGUGCAUCGUCUGCACCAAUGGAACCGCCAGCAGCUGGAAUCGCCACAACAACCGCAAUACCUGCCUCCAAUCAAGCAGCAAACAGCAAUGCGUCAAAGCCACCACAAAUCAUCACCCAUUCUGACAGCUCAAACAGCAGUUUUCCGGAUUUAAGCAUAACCAAAACACAAAAGCCAACAUCACAAGAACCAGCAAAGCCUGUAAAUCCCACACCACCCCCUGUGAAAGAUGCUCCCUCGAAGUUCAGCAGUAAGUCUUCUAAGGAGAAGAUCUCAUCGGAUAAACCAUCCAAAAACGACGAAGAAAAGGAAAAAAAGCGUCGACGAAAUUCUCAAGCAGCCAAUACUUUUAUAGAACCGCCGCUGAAACAAAUGAAAAAAGAAACAAAAUCGGUGCGCGAAAAAUCCAAAUCACCUUCCCUUCGCAAUACGGGCAGCAGGGCAAGCAUCUCUGAAGCCACAUCAACAUUUUUACAGCCUGGAGCAUCGCCUUCUAGCACGGCGGCGGCAGCACCACUUCCACCUCCUUCGUUGGUGGCACCCUCGGCUGCCCACUCUCCUGCCUUAAGUGCGACUGAGGCGGUGGGUAAUGCGACUAGUGCCACUGCCAAUGCAUCCACUACCAAUUCACUGGCAUCACAUCCAUUGCCCUCAGAUUAUCUAAGUGAGCUGCAGGAGUUACAUCACAAAAUAAUGACAUUGCAAGACAAUGAAGAUCUGCAGCACGUUGUUGAAAUGAUAGCUGCAACUGGUUGUUAUGAAAUUACAACAAAAACAUUUGAUUUCGAUUUGUGCAAAUUGGAUAGGGGCACAGUUCAACGAUUACAGGAAUUUUUUGCCUCAUCGGUAUCGUGACAUAGAAUUCAUGUUUAAGGUGGAAAGAUAAUUUCUUGUUUUUUCUCCUUCCAUUGGAAUUGUUCACAUAUUUUAAGUGUCACCAAUACAGGAGGACAUUUGCUAUGGAACAAAUUAAAGUUAUUUAAAACAAAACAAAGAAGAAGCUAUUGCGAACAUACACAAAAUAAAUAAAUAACAUAUUUAAUAUUGUAAUCUAAAAUAAUAAGAAUAAUACAAACAAAAAUAUGUAUUGCACAAAAUUUGUGUUAAAAAUAAUGAAUUUAAGAGAGGCAGCAGCAGCAGCAGCAGCAGCAGAAGCAAAAGAAGAAGAAGAAGUAGAAUCAACCACAACAGCAGCAACAACAACAAGCAGAAAUAGAAACAUACAUAUAUUAGUAAUUUAUUAAUGUUUUAUUGUAACAAAAAUGGACAGAUAACAGACAGCAAAGCAGAACAUGCGUACGUACAUACAUGUAUUUACACAUAUACAUUGAGACAAGAAAAAGAAACGAACAUAGAACAAAAGAAAAAACCAAAUAAUUAAACAAUUCUUAAAGAAAUUCCCCUCAGUACGCCCGCCCCUCAGCACCCCCUCAUACAUGAAAACAAUUUACAUGAAUAACAAUAUUUAUAAAAGCUUAACUUAAGAUAUUUAAGAUUUCAUUUAACAGAUUUCCGUUGAACGAAAAAUAGCUGAGAGACAUCAAACACACACACACACCCAAAUCUCCUCUAAAGAAUAUUAACCAUAUAAACCUUAACUUUCUUCAAGAUCAAAGUUAUAAUGCUAGGUUCUCUCAAUCCUUAUAGUUUAUUAGUGCUUAGAAUCUGCCAAUGUGACUUUUGUCCUUUCGCCCUUGGUUUCUCUAAAGUGUUGAACUAUUUUCAAACACCUCCUCGCACUCAGUCGCAGCUCCUGAAAGCAGUCACACAUUUUUUUAUGACUGCAUAAGACUUGUACAUUUAAUUUUUGUAUUUUUUAAUAAUAUGCUGUAUAUCUCCAAGUAUACUCUAAAGUAUAUUUAUAGGGUAAAACAAUUAUAAUAUUUUUGAACCUGAAUGGACCGGAUUGAUGUUAUCUUUGGCAAAUUUUAUUAUUUGUGUUUCUAUCCUUCUGUAACGGGAAUAUCAAGUGCCGAAUUUCCAACACUCCAACACACACACCCCUACCCAUAACUCUUUAUCUCACUCUC